GUCUAUCUAUCAAAAUGGCACGUUAUACGCUAGCGCUACUCAUUUGUGUCACCAGCUUGUUCACUAUUACAGAGGGCACUUCCCCAGCCGUGCAGGAAAUGCAUAGGAAUUACUUUGGCGGCGGCAUUUAUGAUUUCUGGUAUUGGGAUCUCGCCUGGCUGGUGUGGGACAGACAGUGCGCCAAAUACAACAUCACGCGCACAGUGGACACACGCAUUACGGGCGGCGAUCUGGCAGCGCCCAACAUGUUUCCUUAUCAGGUGGGACUGCUGUUGUUGCGCGCACCAAAGGUCUAUCAAUGCGGCGGCACUUUGGUAUCCACGAGUUAUGUGCUCACCGCGGCGCAUUGUAUAUAUAAGUCAACGCGCGGCAAAGUGUUUUUGGGAUCGACCGAUUUCGCCAACCCGCUCACCUCGGCGGCCGUUUACAAUGUGAGUGAAAGUGCUUUCAUCGUUUACGAACGGUACACGCUGCAUGGCGGUCGUGACGACAUCGGUCUUAUACGCCUACCAUCGCCGGUCGCGCUCUCCGCCGCUGUGCAGACAAUACCGUUGGCGCCGCGCUUCAUGACGCAGUCUUUUCUGGAGGGUGAAAUUGUCACCACAUCCGGCUGGGGUCUGACGCGUGACGGCGAUAGUGAGAAGAUGGAAUUCAAUUUGUUGUUGUAUUAUGUGGAUGCGCCCGUGCUGCCGCUGGCCGAGUGCGCCUGCUACUAUCUGCCCGGCCUGGUGCGUGGUCCCAACCACAUUUGCGCGAGUGGCGCUGGCGGACGUGGCAGCUGCGACGGCGACUCUGGCGGACCGCUGACCUAUUACUAUCGCAAUAAAAGUUAUUUGAUUGGUUUGACCGCCUUUGGCAGCGCUGGCGGUUGUGAAAUCGGUUACCCGUCGGUGUACACACGCAUAACUUCAUAUCUGGAUUGGAUAACCGCGCGUACAGGCAUACAAGUUUAUUGAGCGUGGAUAUGUUGUGCAAAUACUU